AUGUCGUACAGCUGGAGACGGUGGCUUCCUGCCGUAGUCACCAUAGUGUGCAUGAUCGUGGGCGUCAAAGCAGAAUCGAAUUGUACAGAUAACCUACGACAGAAUGGCCCGAUUAUUAGUCCCUGUCAAAGCGAAAUAAUACUGGAAGCGGGGCAAAAUUUUACACUAACAUGUAGAGGAAAAACGCCAUUAAAUUUUAAGCAACAAGAAGUACCCGAAGAAGUAAUCGGACCAUUUCGGAUAGAACAGAAAAACACGUCAGACCUGGACGACGAGUCCAUGUUCGAAACUGUCCUCGAGUUGUACAAUGUUGACCGGUUUGCGAUUGGCUAUUACGCUUGUUACGACGACACGGUCAACGGUAGCGACAUACUAAAUAACCUCAUCGAAGAACCUAACAAUACCGAGCAUAUUGCCUUUAUAUAUAUUUACGUAGCUGGCACGGAUAGCUUGUUUGCACCUUUGAGGGAAGUUAUUGUACCAAGAAAACAAUGUAAAGUUGUUAUUGAAUGUAGACCAACGACCCCAGAUGUUGAAGUUAGCCUGACGUCGCAGAGUAGCAAGACACCAGAAUCAAUAAAGUAUUCUCCAAAGAUUGGGUUUUUAAUGAGAACGUGUAGUAGGAAUGCGUACAAAUGCCAAGGACUACGGGGAAGUGAAAAAGAAUGGAAACACAUACGUAAUGUUAGGGUUCCCCCGGUUCCAACAAUACACAGAGGUUCCCCAUUGUUUUUGAAAGGGGAAAAUUUUACAUUAAGUUGUUCGGUUGCUUAUCAACCCGAUACUGUUGUCAACUUGUAUUGGGUGCUGCCUACUAAUGUAAGAAAGGAGUCAGUUUUAGCUAAGUCAAACGAAUAUGAGAUUGUUCGGGAACCAUUAUUAUUCAAGAAUAUCACUAUAAUUAAUGCGACAAAGGAACAUGGAGGCAGUUACACCUGCGUCGCCAAAAAUAAUUGUGGUGAAAAGUCGAAAUCCUUCACAAAGAUUUUUUUACCCGAACCUCGUCUUAAAUUGACUCCAGUGACUACAGAUAAUCCGAAAAUAACGAAACAGAAAACGGUGAAGAUCAACACUGAGGUAGUUGAUUAUCCGACAGCGAGUUUUUAUUUUUUACGCAAUAACGUAUCGUUGCCACUAGAUGACGAGGAAAAUGAUAAAUAUGAUGUCACUCGGAACCCUUACACUGGUGACGUCAUUUUGAGUAUAUUUAAGACAGAUGUGUUCGAUUCUGCUAACUAUACUUUAGUCGCUAGUAAUGGGUACUUAAAAAAGAAUUACACUUACGAAGUGUUAAUAAAAGCAAAGCCAACGAUCAACUUUGGACCUUACGUUGAUAAGAGAUAUUUGCAGAACAGUCGUGCAUCCUUGCAGUGUGUAGUUACAGGAUUUCCUCUGCCCGAAGUCACUUGGUCAUUCUCUAAUGGAGAGACGCAGCCAAGUACAUCCACACACGUGCUCUCCAAGUAUAAAGAAACAGCAAUUCUAGACAUGACGGUGACUGAAUCCGGCAACGUAUCUUGUAAGGCAUCUAACAGUGAAGGUACAGUGAUAGAAACGAGAAGACUUCUCGUUUAUGAGAUUCACAAUGGAUUCGGUAUAAUAAAUCCAGAGAAAACUUGGUUCUCGCAAAAUGAAGACGUAAAUAUCACAUGUAUUGCGUCCAAAUAUGACUUUUACAAUGUAACUUGGUUGGGCCCAGACGGUGAAGACCUGAGAGGAACGAAUGCUUUGGAAUAUUCGACAAAUUCAUUUUCACUCAUUGCCAAAUUGAAAUUUCCGCAAAUAUCUUUGAACCACAGCGGUUUGUAUACUUGUCAAGGAUCGAAGUUGGACACCAAUUCUGAGUCCGAAGUCGAAUAUAUCAACAUUACAGUUGCUCCUCUUCAACCACCAAUAAUAAACCAACCAGAAGAUGACCAGACCAUAGAAGUAGUGACGUAUCAAGAGGUAGAACUAACUUGUCAAGCCGAGGGUGUGCCGCCGCCUAAUUUAGAGUGGUACAAGGAUGGCGUUUUAAUGAACAAUGACACAAAUGCAAAAAUUUACAUUCAUAAGAUCAAUCGUACUAUGGUGAACUCAUCAAUUCGAAUAGAUCGGCUGGUAGAAGAAAACAAGGGAUCCUAUGAGUGUUCAGCUAGCAGCGAUGGACAAACAGCAAGUCGGAUCUAUACAGUGGCAUUGAAAGCAUCGUCCUACGAAUUAUAUUUGAGCAUUAUUCUCGUAGUCAUCUUUGUUUUAAUCCUCGUGGUUCUGUACCUUAUGUGGAGGGUUAGAAAGGAUACCCAAUUCAGAAAAGAAUUGAAGGCGUCUGGUCUUUUGUACUUCAAUGAAGGAGCUACGAAGUCGCUGAACCCAGAUCUGGGCAUUGAUGAGCAAGCCGAUCUAUUGCCAUAUGAUGAGAAAUUUGAAUUCCCUGCCGAUAAAUUAAUUCUUGGUAAACAGCUGGGUGCAGGUGCAUUUGGCGUAGUGUAUAAGGCGGACGCACGUGGCAUCAUCAACGCUGAAGAAACAACUGAAGUUGCGGUGAAGAUGGUUAAAAAAACCGCCGACAACAUGUAUAUCAAAGCAUUGGCCUCUGAACUAAAAAUAAUGGUGCACUUGGGCAAACAUAUAAACAUUGUGAACCUACUCGGAGCGUGCACGAAAAACGUUGUGAAACGCGAGUUGAUAGUGAUUGUAGAGUAUUGCAAGUUCGGUAAUAUCCACAACUACAUGCAGAGGCACCGCGAGGUGUUCAUUGAUCAGCUCACGGAUAACAAGGAGAAGAAUCUGGGAAGGGUCAACAGAGGAUUCUCUAGCAGCAGUGGAAGUACUGGAGCACACUCAGACUAUUUCGCUUCAUGCACUCAGGACACCGACCACACAUUUGUCAACACGGCUAAUACUAACCGAUCGACAAGGAAAGUAUCCGAAGGUUAUGUACAACCAGAAUGGCGUACGAACUACGAGAGUGACUACAGUUUCGAUGGACGUAACCCCCGCCCUCUGACUUCUCGGGACCUGCUGGUUUGGGCCUUCCAGAUCGCUAGAGGCAUGGAAUAUCUUGCUAGUAGAAAGGUUCUUCACGGUGAUUUAGCGGCAAGAAACGUAUUGUUAGCUGAAGACAACAUUGUGAAGAUUUGUGACUUCGGUCUCGCUCGAAGCAUCUAUAAAAACGAUGAAUAUCAAAAGAAAGAAAACUGUCUCCUCCCUGUCAAGUGGCUGGCUAUCGAGUGUAUGACGGACCGCAUAUUCUCCACCCAGUCAGACGUGUGGUCGUUCGGCAUCGUGCUGUGGGAACUAUUCUCCCUGGCCAAGACACCCUACCCGAAUAUCAGUCCCGCUCAUUUGUUGCAGUGGCUUUCUGAAGGGAAACGUCUAGAGAAGCCACCAUACGCAGAUGACCGGCUUUAUAACGUGAUGAUGAGGUGCUGGGAACAGAAACCAACGAGUAGACCUUCCUUCUCUCAGUUGCAGGAAAUACUCGGCGGUUUCCUAGAGGACAAUGUGCGAAAUCACUACGUUGACUUAAACACGGCGUAUAUGGACAUGAAUGUGAAGCCUGGUGGUGAGGAUUACCUGGCUAUGGUUUGUGCACCAGACUACAAUAACCUGGUGACUCCGAGCCCACACCAUUACGUCAACGACAGGAGUUUCUUCCCUGCCACUCCUACACAGAUAGACGAGGAAGGCUAUCUACAGAUGAGUCCCGCAUCAAGACAGAACAUAUUUAGUCCACGAGCUCAGGACAUGAAGUUCGACUUCGAUGCUCGCAAAUUUAACCCGAGGGUAUCGGAAGCAAGUAGCUGUGGUUCAGAACUAACGCCAAUGCUUACUCUGAACAAUUUACCAGCUCGGAGCGGGUCGGAGUCCGACCACGAAGGCAACGCGUCGCCCUACCUCAACAUGUGUCCCAGAAUAGACGAGGAGACAGACGACGUGUUCGAGACGAACCAAAACAAUGCAAAGAACGCGCUGAACACGGCGCACACUAACCCGACGUACAUCUCGUUAGACGUCGACAUUGAGAAGAAGCCGAAAGAUAUUAUUAACUCGUAUAUUAACGUACCGAACGGUCUAGUCAAAUAA